ACCAGCCCGCCCCUAUAAAUAGUGUUUACUUAGUUAUUUCCGCCAUUUCCGAAUUCAGACGGACUUCUCAAAGCUCAACACAAAAGCCUCUGCUCGUCAUCUUCAUAUACUCUAAACUCUCUCCUUUCUCCCUCUCCGCCUCUUACCUCCAUUUUUUUCCCGCAUUAUCUCCUCCUCCCUAGAAAUGCAAUCUUUAAUUUCUCUCUCCAACUCUUCUUCGGCCACGACGGUGGCCAGAUGGGACUCCCCCGCUGCCGUCUAUUCUUCCGGCGCCCUGGCUCCUAGAUCGCUGCGCUUCUGCGGGCUCAGGAGAGAGGCACUCGGAGCCAGAUCCUUGAAUUCUUCGGUGUGUUCGACUCGAUUUACUUCGCUGAAGCUUUCGCAUUCGAAAAGGAUCACUUCAGCCUUGGCGGGAAAUGGAGCUCCGUCGCAGGGCGGUUUUGAUUAUGAUUUGUUGAUUAUUGGAGCUGGUGUUGGCGGUCAUGGUGCUGCUCUUCACGCUGUUGAGAAGGGCUUAAAAACUGCUAUUGUUGAAGGUGAUAUAGUUGGAGGAACUUGUGUGAAUAGGGGUUGUGUUCCUUCUAAAGCUCUUCUAGCCGUAAGUGGGCGUUUGCGGGAGCUUCAAAAUGAGCACCAUAUGAAGUCUUUCGGUUUACAGGUUGCUGCUGCUGGAUAUGACAGACAAGCAGUUGCUGAUCAUGCAAAUAACUUGGCAUCAAAAAUUAGAAGCAACUUGACAAAUUCAUUAAAAGCUCUUGGUGUUGAUAUAUUGACAGGAGUAGGCACAAUUUUGGGUCCACAAAAAGUGAAGAUUGGGUCUGGGGAUACAGUAGUAACAGCAAAGGACAUAAUUAUUGCUACUGGCUCUACUCCCUUUGUACCCAAAGGAAUCGAAGUUGAUGGUAAGACUGUAAUAACUAGUGAUCAUGCUCUCAAAUUGGAAUCUGUUCCCGAGUGGAUUGCAAUAAUAGGAAGUGGCUAUAUUGGGCUUGAGUUCAGUGAUGUGUACACUGCCCUUGGAAGUGAGGUCACAUUUAUUGAAGCUCUAGAUCAACUCAUGCCUGGGUUUGAUCCUGAAAUUGGGAAGUUGGCUCAACGAGUUCUUAUUAAUCCUCGAAAGAUUGAUUAUCAUACUGGUGUGUUUGCCAGCAAGAUUACCCCAGCAAGGGAUGGAAAACCAGUGACCAUUGAACUUAUUGAUGCAAAGACAAAGGAACCAAAGGAUACUUUAGAGGUAGAUGCAGCACUUAUAGCAACUGGAAGGGCUCCUUUUACACAUGGACUUGGAUUGGAAAAUAUAAAUGUUCAAACACAACGUGGAUUUGUACCUGUUGAUGAGCGAAUGCGAGUCAUUGAUGCAAAUGGGGAGUUGGUUCCUCACUUGUAUUGCAUUGGUGAUGCGAAUGGAAAAAUGAUGCUUGCUCAUGCAGCAAGUGCACAAGGAAUCUCUGUUGUUGAGCAAGUAUCAGGAAGGGACCAUGUGCUGAACCAUUUAAGCGUUCCAGCAGCAUGUUUUACUCAUCCUGAAAUUAGUAUGGUUGGACUAACUGAGCCUCAAGCAAGAGAAAAGGCUGAGAAGGAAGGAUUUGAAAUAAGUGUUUCAAAGACUAGCUUUAAGGCUAAUACAAAAGCUCUAGCUGAGAAUGAAGGAGAAGGACUAGCCAAGUUGAUAUAUAGACCUGACAAUGGAGAGAUCCUUGGAGUUCACAUCUUUGGUUUGCAUGCCGCGGACCUUGUACAUGAAGCAUCCAAUGCCAUAGCUAUGGGGACUCGCAUUCAGGAUAUUAAAUUUGCAGUUCAUGCUCAUCCAACUUUGUCAGAAGUGCUUGAUGAACUCUUCAAAUCUGCAAAGGUUAAAGUUGAUUCACACAGUCCAGUUCAUGAACCAGUUGUGGUCUAAACUUUUCAGCAGUGUUUUACACAUGAUUUAGUUGGAUUUUUCAAAGGGUUCCCUUGUUUUUCGGUUCAUUAUUUUCUGAUCAUUGCGGUUCCUUUGAGAGGCUUUGAAGUGUUCCUAGGCUGUACACUAGUUUUAGGUUCUCAAUCGAGACUGAGAAAUUUUUUGUUUCCUUCUUUACAUAGCCAUCAAGUUUGUCAUAGAACUUUUAUUGGAUUUGGAAGUGAAAAAUAUAUACUGAUUAUCUGUAAGUUAGAGUUCUUCAUUGUCAUAUCAAUAAAGUGGUCUUAUUGCAAA